AAUACCCUCAUCUCCUUCUCCUAAGCCCAAUUCUUUCCGUCUCUCCAGUAGAUCAUUCGGUUGCUUUUAGACGCCAUGUAUCACUCUCAGAAUCGUCCUCCAUAUCCUCCGCCCCAGGGCCCGCCGCAGGGCUAUAACCAACAACCCCAUCCUCAAUCCCUCCCCUACCCUCAGCAGCAUUACAUGCCCUCUCCGGCUCCUCCGACCCAGGCCGGAUACCCCCCCUACGGCGCUCCGAAUCAGCAUCAGCCCCCGUUUUCCCCAGAUGACAUCCGUCCACCACCACGACCAGAUUUCUACCAAGGGCCUCCACAAGGCUUUCCGCAAGGGCCUCCUCCACAAUCCUCUCCUCAUGGGCUCCCGCAAGGCUUUCCUCAGGGUCAAGGAUCCUUUGGCGCACCCCCUCCUCCCUUCCCCCAACAGCCCCAAUUCCAUGUCCCGCUCCCAUCCGUGCCCUCCAUGGGCUACAUCCGGGGCCAACAAGCAAUGGGCGACUUCCGACCCCAGGCCGACCAACUCCGUCGCGCAAUGAAGGGCUUCGGUACCGACGAGAAAGCCCUCAUUCAAAUCCUUGCCAGGUUAAACCCCCUCGAAAUGGCCGCCGUGCGAUCCACCUACACACAGCACAUUCGCCGAGACCUCUACAAGGACGUCAAAUCCGAAACAAGUGGCUACUUCCGGCGAGGCCUUCUAGCCAUUAUUGACGGCCCAUUGCAAUACGACGUGGCCUGUGUCCGAGAAGCAGUCGAAGGCAUCGGCACGAAAGAAUGGCUCCUCAACGACAUCCUCUUAUCCCGCUCCAACGCCGACCUCAACGCCAUCAAAACCGCCUACGAACAGACCUACAACCGCUCCCUGCAAAAAGACGUCGCAGACGACCUCUCAUUUAAAACCCAAAGCCUAUUCUCCAUGGUCCUCCGCGCCACUCGACACGAGGAAUCAGCCCCGCUCGAUCCACAGAUCAUCGAAGCAGAAGCCAAAUCGCUCCACAGCGCAACCGCCGCCCGCAUCGUCAACAACGUCGAAGAAGUCUGCGGCAUUUUCGCCCGCGCUUCAGACAACGAGCUCCGCGCCAUCAACCAAGCCUUCCAAAUCCGGUACAACACCGACCUGACCAAACACAUCGAAAAGGAAUUCUCAGGCCACAUGGAAGACGCUUUACUCCAUAUGCUCCGCACAGCGCUCGACCCAGCCAUGUACGAUGCCGAACAACUCGAAGAGUGCAUGAAAGGUAUGGGAACCAAGGACGAGAAACUCGUGACACGAAUUGUCCGUCUACACUGGAACCCCAAGCACAUGGACCAGGUGAAACGGGCGUAUCGCCACCGGUACCAGAAAGAACUUAUUGAUCGGGUCAAGGGGGAAACGAGUCGUGAUUACCAACGAUUAAUGGUUGCUCUGUUGCAGUAACCUAACCCACUUCUUAUCCUUCUCUUGCUUCUUAAUACUCAUCUCUUAAUUCCUACUUUACGUUCCAAGAACGCAACGCAACGCAACGCAACGCAACGACCACGACUUACGACUGGAUACGGUGUACGGAUUGUACAACAUUGGGGGUCGGGAUAGAUUCAAUCGGGUUAGGCUGCUGGCUUUAGGUUCUUAUCUUGGGAAGAAAUGCGCUUGCUACUAUUCUUAAUGCAGUUGCUUAAUACGUCGCUCAUCAGGUCAUUCUGGUCAUAGAGUAGCAAUGACAGUGACAAUUAGAUGAUUACCUGAAUCAGUCACGAACUUUCCAGUAACUUCCUCUUAGCAUUUACGCUAUUUGUUACCUACCCUAGUACUAAAAUAUAGUAUAGUAUGGUAUGGUAUAUCUAGGAUGUCUCGGAAGAAUAAAAACCGGGGUAGUAGUAGAGAAUAUGGAACAAAGCGAAACGAGAAGAGAAGAAACUGGGAAAAAGU